AUGUCUCAAAACUUUUGUCCCCUAGAGGAGAGACGGCCGACUGAAAGAGAUGUUGUGUUCUUGUUGGAUGAAUCUGAUGGAACUAGAACUAGCUUCCCAACUGUGCGAGACUUUGUCCAAGACGUUGUGGAGAGACUCAGUUUGGAUGACAACAAAGACCGUGUCUCAGUGGUUCAGUACAGCAGAGACCCAACUGUCCAAUUCUAUCUGAACACGUACACCACAAAAGAAGACAUCCUUCAAGCUGUCAGAAGGUUAACACACAAAGGUGGAGACACCCGCAACACUGGAGCAGCUCUCCAGUACUUGAGGGAAAAUGUCUUCACGGCCUCUGCUGGAAGCAGGCUCCAGGAAGGAGUUCAGCAGAUCCUCGUUUUGAUAAGUGGUGGAAGGUCCUCUGACAAUGUGGAUGUGCCAACCUCUGCUCUCAAACAGAUGGGUGUCCAUACCUUAGGAUUUUGA